AUGGCGAAUCCAUUUUUAAUGGGAGAUUUAGAUGCUGGAGACACUCAAGUGUCUUCCAACAGCGCUAGUUUCAACCCCUUUCUCUCUGGUCCAAUGGAGUUUUCAAGUAAUGAAAUUGAAAACCCUUUUAUGAGUUCAUUGAAUAAUACAGCAAGUUCAAAUACUAACCCCUUUGCCUUUGCAGAGAGUGAUACUCAUACAACUACAGACUUCUUUAGUUCCCCAGCACAGGAUCUUGACAAUAUGCAGCCAUCAGUGCAAGACUAUGAGAAUAUAUUUUCAACGCCCGCCAAACCACAAGAAGCUAAUGGAGUAGUCAACGACUUUUUUGGAAGUUUUGUAGAAACUGAUCAAUCUAAACCGUUAUCCGCUGUUCCAAUAAGUAGUUCAGCUCGAUCAUCAAUAGAUCAAUCAUCUUUUCUGAUGGACAACAAUAUUAAUUUCUUUGGUUCAGACCCAAUUGAUCUGCCAACCAGUAGGGAAGGUUCUGGAACGAGCACACCAAAAGGAGCGCCGCCAAGAAGACCUCCACCGCCGGGUCUUCCACCUAGACCAGGACUUCCUCCUUCAAAAGAAACUAAAGACUUAAUACUAAGCGUAACAGGAGCAAUGGAAGCAACAUCUUCACAUUUACUUGACAGACUUCAAGCAACACGAACACCAAGUCCAACUCCUAUAAGAGACUUAAACUCACCUAGUCCAACACCUGACAUGUUUGGUGAUCUGUUAGGGGUUGACGAUGUACAUAAAGACCUCCCUCCACCAUCAUCUGUUCAAGAGGUUAACUUACUUGGUGACAUGGAAGACGACUUUCUUUCAACAACAUCUAUGCAACCCAGUCAAAUGGCUCCAAUAGACCCAGUACCUACCUCUGUGCCUCCAGUUGUUCCUGUAGCUCCUACAGCUCAAAUUACUCCUGUGCCUCCUACGACGACAGCACCACCACCGCGACCUCUUCCACCAAGACCGCCGGAAAGACCAAAGUUGCCACCGAACAUUCCACCGGUUCAAGAAAAUAUUAUUGAUUUCAACGAACCUCUACAGCAACCUCCAAUCUCUAAACAACCGGAUACUUCAUCUGUUAAUAUAAUUUCCUCUGUACAGCCCCAAGAAGUAAGAGACAUAUUUGAUUCACAGCCUUUGGAAGAAACCCCAGUUAGAAAUACAGAGCCUGAACUAGACUUCUCGUCACCUUAUGUUUCAGCAGAACCAUCAAAUGUUUUAGAUAAUAGUAAUACCACAGCUUUUACUGACACAGGGUUUGAGUCAAAUGGACCUUCAACGUUUACUUCGGUGUUUGAUUCUGAUAUUGAAUCGACGAAGAUUCCAGAAUCCUCGUCUAUUUUUGCAGCUGAAGUGGCAGAAGUCAAUACUGUGAUACCUGAGCCAAUAGUUACAUCUUCAGUAUUUGAAGAUACGCAACAGGAAUCUACUUUUCCGACUUCUCCAUUCGAUCAAAAUAUCAAUGGAGUUGAAGAUACGGGUUUUGUAGGAGGAUUUGAUUCGGAGAUGAAUGUGUCAGUGAGAGAAGUAUCGCCAGCUGUGACGGACAAUAACUUGGAUAACUCUGCUUUCAGUGUUCCUUCUUCACAAACGGACAAUAUGUUUUUUAACAAUGUAGACACUAUACCCUUCCAGAGUCAAGCUACUGACCUGUUCGCUCCAACAGAAACUGUCCUACACACAACGCCGGUCAUACCCUCCCAACCUUUCAACAUUUUCGGAGAGCCAGAGUCCUUCCCAAGUGCUAAACCUGUUGACGACUUUGACGCCUUUGCUGCAAAAUUUGAAAGUGCUGGUUUUGACGACAACAAGAAUACAACUGUGUCAUCUGACCCAUUCGAUCCGUUCAGUUCUUCGCAAUUUGGAACAGAUAAUGUACAAGGUGAUGCUUCAGUUGGUUUCGGGGCAGAAGACAACUUUGAUGCGUUUCUAGCAACACAGGAGCCCGCCACUGUCCUUCACACUACACCCAGGUUCAGCAGAGGAGCUUCGGCUGAGUCAGACGAGCACGAGAAUGACUUCAACGUCUUCAUUAAACCGAAACAGGCGGGAGAAAUGGGGAUUGCAGCUGAGGUCGGAGGAGUACUUCCGGCCUUGGCACCCCCGCCUCGCAGUCCCAUCAAUAAUGCCUUCCAGGACACCAGCCCUCGCUUCAACCCCUUCGACAAGACACAAGAGAUUCCCGCACAAGUCACUGACAAUAUUUUCGCACAAGCAGCAGUGUUGCCCGGAGAGGGUGAAAAAAUUCUUGAGAGGACGGAUUCCCAGGAGACGCCCCCCACACCACUGUUUGACGAGGAUGUUUCGCAGCCCCUGGAACCCUUCCCCAGGAUACACUAUGUGGGGUCCGGAUGGGAGAUGCAGCUGCGACAACCUAACAAAAAGAAAAUCACAGGGCAAAGGUUCUGGAAGAAGGUGUUUAUGAAGCUAGUGUACCAGGGGGAGAACCCAGUUCUUCAGUUGUUCAACAACAAGGAUGACAAGGAUCCUUUCCAAGAACUUCCUCUGCAGCCUUGUUACUCUGUGUCAGACAUCGGUGCACAGCAGUACGACAACUUCGGUAAGAUCUUCACGGUCAAGCUGCAGUUCAUAUUCUACAAGGAGCGGCCAGGUGUACGGCCAGGUCAGGUGACUAAGGCGGAGAGGAUAACCAACAAGCUGAGUCAGUUCGCCGCUUACGCAAUCCAGGGCGACUACCAGGGAGUUAAGGAGUUCGGAAGUGAUCUCAAGAAGUUGGGACUCCCGGUGGAGCAUGCUCCUCAGAUCUCGCAGCUGUUCAAGAUAGGUUCGCAGAACUACGAAGACAUGAAGCAGUUCAGUGUCUGCGUGGAGGAGGCGCUCUUCCGACUGCCAGCCCACCGAGACCGUGCCCUCAACUACAAGAUGGAAGAGGUACAAAUCACUGCGGUGGACGAGCUGUAUGUGGACCAGAACAGUACCGGUGGAGUCAUCCGACAGAUAGCCAGGGUCCGAUUGUUCUUCCUCGGCUUUUUGUCAGGUAUGCCUGAUGUGGAGCUGGGAGUUAACGACCUGGUAAGACAAGGCAAGGAGGUGGUGGGCAGACAUGAUAUCAUCCCUGUGGUGACUGAGGAGUGGAUCCGACUGGAGGCCGUGGAGUUCCACAGUUGUGUCCAACAGGACGAGUACGAGAGGACAAGGACAAUAAAAUUCAAGCCUCCAGAUGCCUGUUACAUCGAACUUAUGAGGUUCAGAGUGAGGCCGCCCCGUAACAGGGAACUACCCCUACAACUGCGGACAACCAUGUGUAUCGCAGGGAACAAGGUGGACCUGAAGGCGGACGUAUUAGUGCCUGGAUUCUCAAGCCGAAAGCUCGGCCAGAUCCCUUGCGAGGAUGUGGUCAUCAGGUUCCCGAUCCCGGAGUGUUGGAUAUACCUUUUCAGAGUCGAGAAGCACUUCCGCUACGGAUCUGUCAAGUCGGCACACAGGAGGACUGGGAAGGUGAAGGGAUUGGAGCGGUUUCUAGGAGCUGUGGACAACCUGGAGCCUCAGCUGAUGGAGGUUACCUCAGGACAGGCUAAGUACGAGCAUCAACACCGGGCGAUCGUCUGGCGCAUGCCAAGACUUCCCAAAGAAGGGCAAGGUGCAUACACUACUCACAACCUAGUGUGCCACAUGGCCUUGACCUCCUACGACCAGAUCCCCGAGGAGCUGGACAAGUACUGCUUCGUGGAGUUCACCAUGCCAGUGACGCAGGUGUCACACACCACCGUGCGCUCCGUGUCAAUCAGCAACAGUGACAGUGACUCUCCGCCAGAGAAGUACGUCAGGCAGCUGGCCAGGCACGAAUACAAGGUGGAGAUAGAAUUUACGCAAGCUGAGGGGCCAAAUGAUUAUAUUGCCGCCACCUCCAAACCCACCCCCGCUCCAGCUCCCACUCCAGCACCCAUCGUCGAGGAGCACACUCCUGCUGCGGCAGACAGUGACAGCGACUCAUCUAGCUAAGCGCUCUCUGUCAAGUGUGUAAGUAGCAGCUUACUGUCCCUUCCCAUCUGUUGUUACAAGUUGUCAUGGUUCCACAGUGAAAGACUGUACAAAGUCUGGUGUUCUCCCCUUCACUGAAACUGACUGUACUUAUCUAUGUUCUAGCUAAAAUAAUUGUUCAGCUUUCUCGCGUUCCAUGUAUUGUACUGUACAUGUUAGUAGUUUAGAAAGACUGUGGUGUGCAUAGUGUCUCUAUACCUGAGGGUAGGGUACAGUCACCCAGUAAUGGACAAUACUCUGCAUCAGUAGGUUAGCUCGUGUACAUACUCCAAAGCUUCCCCCAAUACGUUAGCUAGGCUUAUGUAUAGUAAAGUUAAGUUCAAAGCUGGUGGUAGGACUCAGAAAUUUAGUUGUUUAACGCUAGUUGCUAGACUUUAGAUAUCGUUUUGUCGUGUGAGUACUCCUUUGUAUGUGUAAAUUUAACACUAACAGUGUUUUAUUACUACAGUGUGUCAACAUGGGUAGUCGCAUUUCAGUAUUGAUGUUUUCUUGACAUUUUCUUAAAUCAAAUGUGUAGUUUUUUAUUUAAAACAAUUUUAUCCAUAAUUAACUCGUUUAAAGUACGUCAUAAUUAACUAAAUUAAUUGUUUUCUUCAUGCAUUAAGCUACGGUUGGAAUACAAUCAACUACACUACAGUUAAUGAAUAUGAGGUGUUUCUAUCGCCCUUUUUAUGAAUACACAGACGUUAUCAAAAUACGAUUCUCUUACUAGAAAUACUCGUACGGCCUUGAAUCUAAAGAAGUAGUGAAAUUACUGAUGCCUUAAAAUGCUGUUAUACAAGUUCAACAGAAAAUCAUUCUCAGCUGUUCAGGUAAUGGAUGACCAAUAGUGUAGUUUCCCAAGGGAAAUAGGAAAGUCAAUACAUGAGUUUAUCGGUUCUAGUAAAUAAUUCACUAAGUAAUAAUAAUUAUAAACAUGCACAAAACUAAUCAAAAAUUCAUUAAGUUUGUUAUACGUUUAGCAAUAUUAAUGAUUAUAAUGAGAACUAGUAAACUUGUAAUGUAUUUUUAAAUUAGGUUUGCAACUAUGAUAAUUUUAUUUAUAAUUGAAAAUAACUAUGGUUUCUAUAAAUGAGCCUUUCACGGAGCACGAGGACCAAAUGUACGUAUGUGCUCAAAUGUUUGUUUUCAUUAAUAAUGUCAGUUUAUUUUGUAUUGUAAGAUGGUGAAGAGAAAUAUGUUGAUAUAAAAAUAAAACGUUUAUAAUUAAAUGUAUUGCUUGGUUUUAGAUGGAAACACAGCUUAUUUUAAUUUAUUUUUCUCAGUAGCUUCGUUCAAAUAGGGGUUUCUAGCUAUUUAUUUAAUUAAAAAUAGAUAAUUGUAUAAACCGAGAUACUACUUUUAUAAACUUUGAUUGUAUUAACUAUGUUUAUAUAUUUAAUUUCUAUUGCUUUAUUUUGUGUGACAUUUACUAUGUAAUCAAACUGCAAUAAUGUAAUGGUAAGGAGCGUCUUUUGCCUGAGUGAUCUUCAGCCAUGUACCGUGUUUAUUGCGUUAUGGCGUAGAGUUGUAAUACAAUACUAUAAUAGAUGACUUUAUAGCAUAUCAGCGUUGUAAAUGAGCAGAUAUCAUAGUUAUGCUGUAGACGUGUAAUGAAGGAUAGGAAAAUAUAUUUUUACCCAAUAUCUACUGAUUAGUAAGUUUAGAUAUUGUUUAACGAGGAAUAUUCCGCUGCGGUAUGUUGAAGUUAUGCAUUGUUGGCAUUACGUUUGGGUUUUGUAGGUAAGCUAAGCUAAGUUACGUUUGAACAAAUUUAUACGCGGCGUAAACCAGCUUUCUUAAUGUGUGAUUCUAUGUUUUGCCAGAAGGUGGACAGAUAUUUCACGAUCUAUAUUUAUUCAUAUAGGUGUCUACGAAAACAAAAUGGCGUGACAUUCAAAAUCAGUUUGAAAUUCCUCCUGGUUGCUAGAAAGUCACGAUUUAUUUAACCACGUUUAUGAUCUCAGUAUUAAAGUUUUGUAAACGUAAAAACAAUAGUUUCGACUGAUAAAGAAUAAUAGUUGAACACUUUUAUAUCUUAAAAACACUAUAACAUUAAAUUUAGUGUAAUAGUACAAGAAAUAAUAAGAUUAAUUAGAUUGGUAGUUUUAUUAUUAGUGCUUCUUUAUUAUUACAUUAAGAACAUUUAAUUUAACAUAGUAAAAUCUAGUAAACAAUGCUCUUCUUUAAAUUAACUUCAGCAAAGUAAUUAAACCAAUCAGAGUUGGCCAUAGGUCGUUUAUGGCCAAUUAUUCUUAAAAAUUUAAUAUUGUACUUAUACACCUUUAUAAUUAAUUAUGUUUUGAGAGUUUAUACACAUUUCUUGUAUUGUAUUACCUUUAAAAUGUAUUAGCAGUUAAGAAAAUAAAUUAAUCUUUAUCCUACUUUAAAAAAUCGUAAAAAGGAAAAAUUAACAUUUCUCAACAUUUUCCAAUUAUAAAGAUCUGAAAGGAUAACAGGAUUUCGGACACGUGUCAUCUUUAUACGUUAAAAAAUGUAUGUCACAACGUUUCGAGGAUUGGAACCUAUCCUCUUCGUCAGGUUGGGGAGGUAUUAGUACAUACAAAAAUAAAGAACAGAAAGAAAAACGUAAAGGGAGGUAUUAUUUUCAUAUGGAGUAAUACCUAACCCACCAGACGAAGAGGAUAUAUUCCAAUCCUCGAAACGUUGUCUUACUGUUGUGUUUAAUACAUAACGAUGGCAAAUGUCCGAAAUUCUAUUAUUCUAUCAAAUCUUCCAACGCCAAUAUUUUUUUUAAAGAUCUCUUUUACAGGAAGUGAAACUAAUUACAGAAUAUUUAAGUAAAUUGCGUUUUCUAUGUAAUGUGAUCAAAGACUGUGGAUAAGUCAAUAACUUUGUAAUGGUUUAAACUUUGAUAUAGCGUCAUCAGCAGAUUCUAAAUAUUUUAACAAGUUCAUAAUACACUUCCCAUUCACGUUUAAAAUAUUUCCACACGUGGUUUUCCUUGAAAUUUUUCAAAUAUGUAUUUUGCACGGUCCGUUUUGUGUGGAGAACUUCCUAACAACAUGCAUGUCAAAAUGUACGUGUUAAAUUUAACUUUACAAAAAGUAGAACGUUUUAACCUUUUUGCACCUUUUUUAAAUAGUAGAGAACAUAAGUUGCUCAAUAUUUGAUUGAUUUUUUAAUUGUUAGUGUACAUUAGGCAAAUGUAUGCAACAACGUGGAUUAAAGUUACCUGCCCGUGUAUGUGGUACCGGAUCAUUAAUGGUCUAAUCUGAUCUAAUCUCCCAUAGUUCUUUAGACACCAGGCAACACAGCGUCGGUCCACCGUUGUGUCUAUAUGUAGUCUAGUGUAAACUGUAGCUUAGGCCUAACUCCUCCCCUUACAAGGUUGCAACCUUUCUCAACCGUGCCCGCUCGCUUCACUUCUUAAAUAUCAGUGACGUCUGUUCAGACGACAGGCAAGAUAUUUGUUACAGACUAUCAUUUUAUGAAGACCCACUAUCUUAUUUUUGAGAUUUCAGUGUUAAAAUUAUAAUUUUAAACUUCAAUUUCCAAACAGAUUACAAACACUUGUAAAGAUGGUCAAAGAUUAUUUAACAUGUAGAUGGUGAAACUUUUGGACAUUAAAAGAAACAUGAGUGUUCAAACUUGUAUGAUGUCCUAUUUAAUUUCAAUAAUUUUGUUUAGGCACAUAUUUUACAAAAAUGCUCAAAAUAAAAAUCAUAUAAAUACCUUCUUGGAUCUAUAUGAUUCAUGUGAUUGUGAUGUUCUAUAUGAUUGUGUGUCUUAUUUCCAAAAAUAUUACCAUAAGUUUUAUGAUACCAGUAUUUCCUUAAAAUUGAAUACUGAACCAUAUAACAUCUUAUACGAUGUUCUUAUAUGCCUACACUCUUAAGAGCCAGCUGUUUUGACGACCACCCCAUUUUAGCCCUAUAAGUACCAAGUUAAACUUCAAACAAUUUUACGACCUAAUUUUUAGUUAUACAAUUACGGAAAGUGUCUUACUUAAUGAUGUAAUUAGCCAAUUUACUUUUAAUUUUUAAUUGGUUGUUUUUAAAUGUCUCAAACCCUUUUGUACUUCAUCGUUGAACAAUUCGAAAAGUAUACACUUUAGAAGAAAAUAAAAACAGAGUUUAAAUGGAUAAUAAUUAUUUGUUUAAAAUGAGAGACGUGUUCCUUAUUUAUACUAACUAAAAUAAGGUGGUAAAUUGUUUGAAGUAUAUAAUUGUUCUUAAGGGGAAAACUAAAGGUCUUUUCACCACAGCCUAAAUCCACACUUAAGUGAACAUAUGACUUCGGUGAAUCGGUUAAACAAUCGAAGCACUAUAUUCAUUUAGGAUCUAUAACGUAUUUUAAAGUAUUCUAAUAUUAUAUCCUGAUAGUGGAAAUAAAUUCCAAAUAUUUUACUGAACUCAUUUUUUAUCAGUAAAAAAGUUUUCAUUUUCAGCACUGGGUUUGAGUAAAAAUAUGUUCAAAAUAUUUAACUGACAACAACAAACAAUAACACACUUACUUAUUACAUGUAAGUGUAUGUUGUACAAACAUUAGAAAUUAUACAAUUUCAAUCUAAACCGUUUUAUUUGUUAUUUACAAAAUAACAUAAUUAAACAAAUAAAUUGGUUAGGGUAUAAUUUAAAAAAUGAUUGAAUAUUUUUGGUAUUCCGAGUUUUUUUUCAAAGUUUGGUACUUUUUGAGUGGUAUGUUAACGUGAUGGUUAUGAAAGAACUGGGUUUUCGUGGGUCAAGGUUAAUAUAAUGCCAAAUAAUUCUUGAACCUGUCACAACAUUUUCAUAACAAAAAUUAUAAGUUUACUUCGAGACUCAAUAAACCCAUACAUAUAUUUUGUUGUAAGAUAGUUCUUCUUCUUCAUACUCGAAAUCAUUUCAAGAACCCCUCUCCUGAAAUAUGUAGCAGUUUGCCCGAGCUGUACGUGCAAUGUGGGAAGGUUGCAACGCCCCUCCGCUUUGUACGUAGUGAACUGUACGUUAUCGUGAAGGUGGCCUGCUUUGUGCUAGUCACUCAUUGUAUAUUCCAGUGUUAUAUAUUAUAAGGAUUAUAUUUUCGUCUGCUCUGUGUAUAUACUGUAUCGUAAAUGAGUGUAUCUAAUGUAUUUUGCUGAUCUGUAAACUACCUAUCAACAUGAUUAUUAUAGGGUAUACAUAUUAUAACGAUGUUAAUGUUAUCAUAGGUCUAGACUGUGUACAUCUUGUUAUGUAUAAUAUCUUGUAGUAUGAUUUGGUUAUGUUUGGUUCUAAUAUUGAGCUCUCCAGGCACGCCUGGGCCGGGUGACAAUGGUCAGUAGAUGUAAGUUGUUGUCUAAUUCUGUUUGCAGAUGAUUAAAAUUCUAUAAGAAAAA